CUUCUCUCAUUCUCUCGAGCAGUUGAUGUAACAUGAGAGAAAGAAUGGAAAGAUUUGUGCUCCUUCCAUUCACUAUUGGCUGCGUUUCCGAGUCUUGCAUUGCUGUUGGUGCACAGCAACAGCCCAGAAGAUCCAAAUCAGAUUUAAAUCCAUCUCCAAUAAGAAGGAAAGAAGAUGAAGAAGAUGAAGAGGAGGAACGAGAUAGCUUAUCGAGUGGCGAAAACAUGAAGAACUCAUUUAGAUCUCUUACUCUUUCAAAGCCAAACAUAUCUAUUGGUAUACAUAGGCUCUUCAAGGGUUUCAAGACUGUUUCUCAAAUGUUUGUGUACAAGGAUGAAAUGGACGAAGAAGACGUGGAUAUGGAAAUAGGGUGUCCUACAGAUGUGAAGCAUGUUACACACAUAGGUCUGGAUAGUCCUGCUUCUGCUCCUGCUUCUGCUUCUGCUUUUGUUUCUGCUACUAGUGCUAGUGCGGCAACAACUGGCCAAAUGAAUAAGGGCUCUAGGGAUGAUUUCAUACCUCCUGCUACCUGGAGGCAAUUUGAACUCUCGAGGGAUUCACAACCUGAUGCUCAUGAUGUCAAUAUCAAUUCAGUGGCUUCUAUUCCUCUUCAUGAAUACUUGUCCAGAGUGAAUUAUGGAAUGAGGAUCGACUGAUGAUGUGGUUAUAUAUUUAAGACUGUAAAUCAUUGCCAAAUCCAAACCAGAGUUCUCUUUCUCUGAAACUAGGAUUUCCAUGUCAUGGUGGUUUCUUGGUGCUUAAAUGUUGUGAUGAGAUAAGUGAUGACUAUAUAUAUUAUGAAUAUAUAAAGUUUAAUGUGGCAUUUCAACAUCUAUAUUCUUCAAAUCAUGAUAAUAAUUAAGCACAAAGGAUUUCUGUUAAAUAACGAAACCAGAGG